UUUGGCUAGGGCGCGGCUGGUUUAUCGAGGGUCAUGGAAUCGGGAUUGGCAAUGGUCAGUUAGGAAGGAUCGCCAUUGAAGACAAAAAAGACAGCUCAAAAAGCCAGCAGCCAGAAAGAGAGGCAAAAAGAUGAAGCACACAUACAUUUCGAAGCUCAAUUUCAAUACAACUUAUAUAGAUCGCUGCCACUCGCUCUACUAUGGCCGAGCCGAAUCGUCCGAGUCAAGAACGAGCGCGAGUUCAAUUCUAACCUGGAAGGAGCAGAUCGCAAUCACUUGGCUGAAAUUCGAAGCAACCAAACAAAACAAACAUCGCGAGUUGAAUUGAAUUCUGAAUUCAAUUCAAUUCAAUUAUGGCGGAUGCAGGGGUUGGAUUUGCCUUGUGUAAGGAGCUUUUGCAUUUAGUAGGCAUGGCCGAGUCCGAGUGUAAUGUCCUUUCCCUUCCCGCGGCUGCAAAUUCAUUUAAUAAUUUGAAUGGGAAACAGCUUGUCCUCCACUUUGCAUUGGCACGAGUUGAAAGGUUUUCCUUGUCUUAUAGUGCGAAUGUGAUCAACUCAAACUAGAGAACGCAGAAGAAAGUUCCUGUUCCUUCUGUAUCCGGGCAAUCGUUGACUUGUAAGGGAGGGACUUGGGAGGAUGAUUUCAAACUGGGCCCUGCCUUGUUAAGUUAUUACUUCUCGUUGGAAGUUGCUCAUUAUUUUAAUGUUUUGGCAUAAAAUGUGAGAUUCUGGACAACUUAAAGAUUAGAAGAAAAUCAUCUGUGUUCACACGUUGGAGGGAAACUAACAGGGGCGGGCUGAUUUCAUACUUAUUGUGAAUUGUACAGACUCAGAUUUCCAGACCUGUGCUUUGACUUUGAAGACAAAUUUGUACAGAGCCGAAAGGAAAAGAAAGGUUAAAAAAAUCCCAGAAAGAAAGAAUAGUCAUUGCAACCUUGGAUUCUUGCUUGCGAAGAUAAGUUUGAUGGCUUUCUUUUGAGAGAGAGAAUUGGAGAAUGCACGGUGGAAUUGAUGUUUUGUGGGCUCGGUCGAUGACUUUUCAUGGGGAAAAAGAUCUUCAGGUGGAAUGAGCCAGCAUGAGAACAAAGGCGAAGGCCUGGACUAAGAAGCAAAUUUUUGGCCUCAAGAGUAAAUUUAGGAAGAUGAUUAAUUGUAUCCGUUCGGGGGAUCAGUUAAGAGUAGAUGAAAUGAUGCAUUCAUCAGAUUCUCUGGCAACUCGAGACUAUUCAGCCAGUGGUUUUUCAUCCCGAACUGGGGAGGUGGAACCAAAGGUGGACAAUGGCAACAUUGAAGAAGCUGAAUCAUCUCUUCGUGAGAGUGGCUAUCUGAAUUAUGAGGAAGCGCGAGCUUUACUUGGAAGGCUCGAGUAUCAAAAGGGUAACAUAGAAGCUGCUCUUCAUGUUUUUGAAGGAAUAGAUAUUGCUGCUGUAAUUUCAAGGAUAAAAGCUUCCAUUUCAACGAGAUAUGAACAAAAUAGACGCCAAUCACAAAGUGACGUUGUGCCUACUAUGUCUAUGCAUGCCAUUAGUUUACUUCUUGAAGCUAUUUUUCUGAAAGCAAAAUCAUUACAGGGUUUAGGAAGGUUUGUAGAGGCAGCCAAAUCAUGCAAACUAAUUUUAGACACUGUUGAAUCUUCAUUACCAGAAGGCUUACCAGAAAACUUCGGUGUAGAUUGUAAAUUGCAAGAUACACUAACGAAGGCUGUUGAAUUGCUUCCAGAACUGUGGAAAUCUGCCGGAUUUCCAGGAGAAUCUAUCGUGUCAUAUAGGCGUGCUCUUCUCUAUCAAUGGAAUCUGGAAAUGGAAACCAGAGCAAAAAUAGAAAAAGAGUUUGCAAUAUUCCUUCUCUAUAGUGGUUGUGAUGCAAGUCCUCCUAAUCUCCGUUCACAGAUGGAAAGCUCAUUCGUGCCAAGAAAUAAUAUGGAAGAGGCCAUUCUUCUGUUAAUGGAUCUCAUGAGAAAAUAUAUACUUGGAUUGCUAGUAUGGGACCCAUCAAUACUUGAACAUCUCUCAUUUGCGCUGUCUAUUUCAGGGGAAUUUGGAGCUCUAGCUCAUGAGGUUGAACGAUUGCCUCCAGGAAUCAUAGGAAGAAAAGAAAAGUACUGCACCCUGGCACUUUGUUACUAUGGGGAAGGUAAAAACUUAGUUGCCUUGAAUCUUUUGAAGAACUUCUUGAAUAACAUAGAGAACGUAGACUGCCUACUGGAAUUGUUGUUGGCUUCAAAGCUCUGUGGGGAAAAUUUGGUUUGUCUUGAUGAGGGGGUGAGUUACACUUUGAGAGUGCUUCGGGAGCUGCAGUGUAAAUGCAUCCAGAUGGCUUCUGUUGCUAAUUGCUUACUUGGUGUGUUAUUGUCAGCUAAAUCCAAAUUAGUUGCUUCUGAUUCCCGGAGAAUUUUGAAGCAGUCUGAAGCACUCGAGGCACUACGAACUGCUGAGCAGCUGAUGAGAGAAAGAGAUCCAUUCAUUGUAUAUAAUCUUUGCCUUGAAUAUGCUGAACAGAGGAAGUUGGAUAUUGCUCUAUACUAUGCAAAACAGCUAGUGAAACUCGAGGCUGGCUCUAGUCUGAAGUCUUACGUCCUCUUGGCCAGAAUAUUGUCAGCCCAGAAACGGUUUGUGGAUGCAGAGACUGUACUGAGUGCUGCUCUUGAGCAGACUGGGAAAUGGGAACAGGGGGAACUCUUGCGAACUAAAGCUAAGCUCCAGAUUGCACAGGGUCGAUUAAAGAGCGGUAUAGAAACAUAUAGUCAUCUUCUUGCUAUAAUUCAAGUCCGGACCAAAAGUAGUGGGACUGGAAAGAUUCUUCCAAAGGAUAUGAGAAAAUCUGACCGAAGUCUAGAAACAGAAACAUGGCAUGACUUGGCUAAUAUUUACACAAGCUUGUCUCAGUGGCGGGAUGCUGAGAUCUGUCUAUCAAAAUUGCAGGCAAUCGAUCCGUAUUCUGCCUCUAAAUGGCACUCCACAGGUUUACUGUAUGAGUCAAAAGGUCUCCCACAAGAUGCCCUGCAGGCAUACAAUAAAGCAUUGGACAUUGAUCCUGGCCAUGUUCCCAGUUUGAUAUCCACUGCCUGUCUUCUCCAACGACUAGGUGGCAGUCAGUCAUUUCCUGUAGUAAGAAGCUUGUUAACCGACGCCCUUCGACUUGACCGAGCAAACCCAUCUGCGUGGCACAAUCUCGGGCUGUUAUAUAAAGCUGAUGUUGGGGCAUCGGCGCUGGAGGCUGCUGAGUGCUUUGAGGCUGCAACUUUGCUUGAAGAGUCAGCACCAGUUGAACCUUUCAGAUGAUGAAAACUUGCUUUCUUUGCUUGUCAAGAGAAGUGGGAACUUUCUGUCUUAAUUGUUCAUUCUAAGGUUUUACUCAAAUCUUCAUUUGCUUUGCUGCAUUUUUUUUUUCAGGAUUAGGAACGUUAGUAUUAGUUUUUUUUUUUGGGAUGAAUUAAUAUUAUAUGGUUGACACAAAGUAGUGUGUACAUAGAAGAGCGAAAAUAUAUAAACUGCUAGUCUUUUAGCCAA